UGAGGAUUAGCGGUCAGCCAGUCUCGAGAGAUAUUUCGAGAUAUUUCGAUAUAAAACAACUUCACCUUUCUUUCAUCUUAAGGACUCACCAGAUAACACUUCAAUGAAUAACAAGCUCCAGAAAAUCCGAGAGAUGGCGUUGCAAAAAAAAAUCCAACUAUUCUUAUUAUGUUUGUAGCCGCCAGCUUCCCGGUUAAUUACCAGGAGAUCGCAAAUUGAUAGCAGUAAAACUGUCAUUCGGUUUCAAUAACACCCAGAGUCAUUUCUAUCACUCUUAUAGACGAAAUGUCAGUGCCAGGAGCUCAUCUGGUUGAGCAUGGGGUUGUUGGGAAGGAUCACGUGUUCGAGGUGCCAACGAAGGCGAUCAAAACCCCAGAGGAUAUGGCGACGUGGGAAAAAUCAGAAGCCUAUAAUGAAUACUUGGGGUUCAUAUUGGCUCUGAAUGAGGCUGUCCAGGGGAAAGCUGCCAACUCAGAGUAUCCAGCAUCUCAAACAGUUUUAAACACAAUUGUUAUGUUGGAUAAUUUCGAUCAAUGGCUGACAGAAAUUCCACCGACAGAUCAGCCCCAGAGAUUUGGGAAUAAAUCGUUUCGUGACUGGCAUGCACGACUCCUAGAGAGGAGUGCAGAUGAACUGAAAAAAGUAUUACCCGAGGAUUUGCACAGAUCAGUUCCUGAACUGAGUCAAUAUCUCUGUGAAGGAUUCGGAAAUGCAACGAGAAUCGACUAUGGCACAGGUCAUGAGAUGGCCUUCAUCAUGUUUCUGUGUUGUCUGUUUAAAAUAGGAGCUUAUCAGUCUGAUGAUAAAGUUGCUGCUGUCAAUAAGGUUUUCAACAGAUACAUGGAAUUGAUAAGACGACUGCAGCUGGUGUACAGAAUGGAACCAGCAGGCAGUCACGGUGUGUGGAGUCUCGAUGAUUAUCAAUUUGUCCCUUUCGUCUGGGGAAGUGCCCAGCUGAUUGGGCAUCCUAGGAUUGAGCCCCGUCAUUUCGUAGAUCCAGGGAUAGUCGAAGCAUACAGCAAACAUUAUUUAUUCUUGUCAUCCAUUGAGUUCAUCUCGAAGGUGAAAAUUGGCCCAUUCGCUGAGCAUUCCAAUCAAUUAUGGAAUGUAAGUGCUGUUCAGUCCUGGUCGAGAGUCAAUGCAGGUCUCAUAAGAAUGUAUAAAGCAGAGGUUUUAUUGAAAUUCCCGGUGAUUCAGCACGUACUAUUCGGCUCUCUGUUCACUCUCAAGCCAGCCCCAACAGGUCCAAUGUACAAAGGCGCCUGUCUCGUACCACCAGGACCGGCCCAGGCGCCUAAAUAAUUAUCCCAUCGUGUGAUUAUAAUUGCGAUAGUAGAUAAGUCAAGAGAAAUGCCUCACAAUGAGAUUUAUCGAAAUAAAUAUAUUUUCCCGGUCAUUCCGUGCACAUUA